AUUUAUUAUGUUAUAUAAAGGUCCAAAACAAAGCUAAGGAUAUUAUUAAUUCAAUAUAUCAAUAUAUUGAUACCUAUUGUAAAAAAUAGGAUGGGUCUACCACUGCUGGCCACUUAUCUGAGAAAAGCAGAAAACUUCUAAGAGGCUAACCACAUUCUGUGUCUAAAUGUGUCAUUACAGCAUAGAGGUAAAUUGACAAUAAAAAGUGAUAAAAAUGGCCAUCAACCUUCCAGGCAAUUCCUCAUUCACGGCGCCGGGAAGAGGCAGAGAUGAAAUUUAUGUAGCCACAACGCCUCUACGGGCAACCAAGGGACCUGCUCAAUUACUCAUGUCUGCUGCCUAUUCUCUCAACUUGUGGAAUCUUCAGCAUUUCAUGCUCAUCAUCAAACCAUCCAUAACUUCUGCCUCUCCUCCUUCAAAUUGCCAGGGCUUAGUGUUUGAUUUUCAGCCUCAGGAUCCUGAAAACAUAUAUGUGGCUCUGGCUGCCUUAUCUGGUAGAGCUAUCCCAGGAAAUAUUCUGGUAAGGAAAAUUAGCAAGAUUCCUAAGAAAAAGUGUUGGUACAUUGGUUCAUCCAAGUUAUCAAAUGCUGUAGAAGCUGCCUAUAAGUUCAACAGCAGCUGGCAAACUGAUUUACGCCUUGGCCACCAUGAUUGUCGUCACUAUACCAAUGGACUGGCUGAAAUGUUGAUUGGGAAGAAAAAUGUACUGGAGCACCUUCAGGAGAAUCAACAGGGAAUGGAUUAUUAGAUGAGGCCAUGUCUCAUGUGUAUUUUCAUACAGCAAACUCUCUAGGCCACGUCUGGCUACAAUAGAAACUCCCUUGCUCGCCUAUGAACCGAGUUUAGCAUAAAUUCACACGGACAGCUUAUAGUUGCUACUUGCCAUCUUGCUGAUUUAGUGGCAUAAUUUUGACAUAAUAAUUUAAAGUAUUCACUGAGGCUU